AGAAAGAAAGAAAGAAAGAAAGAAAGGAUGGGUUUAAGGUUGGGAUUAGUGUUUGGGAUUGUGAUGUGUGUUGUAGUAUGUAGUAGUGGUGUGCAUGGCCAACUUUCUACGUCCUUUUAUGAUCAGUCUUGCCCUAAUCUUCAGAGCAUUGUGAGGUCUGGAAUGGCUCAAGCUGUAAAUAGAGAGCCGAGGAUGGGUGCUUCCAUUCUUCGUCUCUUUUUUCAUGACUGUUUUGUUAAUGGUUGUGAUGGAUCCAUACUGUUGGACGACACUGCAACGUUCACCGGGGAGCAAAAUGCAGGGCCAAAUCGAAACUCAGCACGCGGCUUUGAAGUGAUUGACGCCAUCAAAGCUAAGGUUGAAGCUGCAUGCCAAGCCACCGUCUCUUGCGCCGACAUCCUCGCCCUCGCCGCUCGUGACGGUGUUGUCUUGCUUGGCGGGCCAACGUGGCAAGUGGCAUUAGGCCGGCGAGACUCAAAAACAGCGAGCCAAAGCGACGCCAACUCCCAGAUCCCACAACCGUCCUUCAAUCUCUCCGAGCUCAUCAGCUCCUUCUUCUCCAAAGGUCUUACCGCCGGCGACCUCACAGCCCUCUCCGGCGCCCACACUAUAGGCCAAGCUCAGUGCCGCAGUUUCCGGGCCCACAUCUACAACGACACCAAUAUAAACCCUUCCUUCUCAGCCUUUCGUCAGCGUUCUUGUCCUCUCUCCGGCGGUGACUCCAACCUCGCUCCUCUUGAUCUCCAAACACCGAACCGUUUCGGCAAUAACUACUAUCAGAAUCUGGUUUCUAGCCGGGGACUUCUCCAUUCUGAUCAGGAGUUGUUUAAUGGUGGUUCUCAAGAUGAGUUAGUGAGGAGGUAUAGCCGGAAUGGUGGUGAUUUUGCUAGUGAUUUUGCGGCGGCGAUGGUGAAGAUGGCCGGAAUUGGACCGUUGACUGGGAACAGUGGGGAGAUAAGGUUGAAUUGUGGCAAGGUUAAUUAAGGAUAUAUAUAUAUAUAUUAUGCGUUUUAUACUGUUUUACUGAUGAGUGAUGGUCAAUUAGUAUUAAUUAAUUUGUUGAGUAUACAUAUAUAGGAGGAAUUUGGAUGGAGAGAGAAAAU